AUGAGCAGAAAGUUUAUAACCCAGUACCCAUUGGCACCACCAAUGAAUGAUAUUUCCAAUUUAUACAAAAGAAUCAGAAUAUAAGAACAAUUAUAAUUCUUCGAUGAAAUAAUCAAAAAGGGUAAAUUCAAAAGACCAGUGCAAAAACCCAAAAAUAUUAAACUCCCCAUUUCUAUAUCCUCAAAAACGAUUCAAUUGUAAAGUGAGCGAUCUCUUUCUAUUCGUUCACCAAAAAUUAUUGAAUAACCAAAGAAAUAAAUACUGCCGCCCAUCUCAAAGCAAAAAGCAUCAAUAUCAGGUUGGGAAGUUAACACAUCCUAUGAUUCGUAUUUAUAUUUUUAAUGA